AUGGCAUGGGGCCAGCUGAACCAGGGGCAGCGCAAGGAGGCGCUCAGGGAGCUGCUGGCCGCGGAUGCUGGGCCCCUGGAGCGCGGCGAGCAGCUGCGUGCGGCCGGCGAUUGGGCAGCAGCUACAGCGGCACAGCGACAGCCGCAGCGGGGGCCGUCCCCAUGCCCCCUGGGUGCCAGCAAGCCACGCACACUGCUGCAGUCUCACGGGUCGCCCAGCGGCGGCAUCGGCAGCAACGGCGCCCGCCGCCACGACGGCGGCGGCAGCGCCUGCAGCAGCAGCGGCGGCAGCCUCGGAGCGCUUGCUGCGACACUGUCAGGGCUGGGCGUGCAGCUAGAGCGCCCGCAGCCAGACGCGCUCAAGCCGUCGGUCGCCGACAUCGCUGCCGGCAUCAACCGGACGGUGAACGCGCUCGCGCGCAUCGCGACGCGGCUCGGCGACGACCGCGCGGGGGGCGAGGCAACGCAGCAACAGCAGCAGCUGCUCGAGCAGGGGCCGGCCGCGGAGGCGGGCCGGCUGGAGGCAGCAGGCGGCGACGAGGGGCAGCAGCCUCGGAGCCCGCCGCGGCGGCGGCUUUGGCAGCCGGCGCAGCAGCAGUCUGACGUGCGGCCAGGCGGGGAGCUGGACCGGGCGAACCGACAAUCUCCUAACGACCCAUUGAAGGGCGCAUCCCAAGAGCAGCUGCAGCUGCUGCGCCACGAGCUGGAGAGGCUGAACAGCACCGUGCUGCGCGCCCGCCGCUCGGGGGGCACGUUGCGCAGCUGCAGCAGCGGCGCCCCCGACGCGGCGAGGGCGGACGCGGACGGAGGCGCGGGGGCGGGGCCGAAGGCGGCGUCGCGCAUGGAGUCCCUUCGGAACUCCACGGCAUCGUCGGCGGCGAUGCUGCAGCUGAGGGGCUCGGCCGCCGAGGCGGGCGUCCCGCUGGCCGCGCUUGCGCGGCUGCAGCCCCAGCAGCCGCCGCCGCAAGGCAGCCCCCGCCAGCAGGCGGCCUGCAGCCAGCUGGUGCAGGAAGCCAAGGCGCAGCUGCAGCAGCUGCAGGCGGAGAACCGGCAGCUGAGGGGCCACCUCGGCCAGGCCGAGCACAGCGUGUCGGACCUGAGGCAGCAGCUGGUCAACUUGCAGCUGGCGAUCGACCGGACGGGCGGCGUCGACGCCGGGCAGCUGCUGCUGCAGAACCAGAAGCUGCAGCGCGCCCUCCAUGCGAAGGAGCAGGCCGUCGCGGCCGCGCACGCCGCGCUCGUCGCCCAGUCCGCGACGAGCGCCGACGCGCGCGUGGCGGCGCUGCAGGGGCGGCUGCGCGACGCGCAGGCGCAGCUGCACGCGCGCGACGCGGCGCUCUCCGCAGCAGAGGGGGAGCUGCGGGAGCUCAGGGGGCGGCGGCAGGAGGAGCCGCAGCGGCGGCGGCGGCGCGGGCAGGGGGAUGCUGUGCGCGCUGAUGGCGGCGACAACAGUGGCCGGGAGAAUGGAGCAGCGACGCCCGUCUCGAUGCUGUCGUCUCUGGAUCAGAGCAGCAGCGACGAUGAGGCUGAGGAGCAGCAGGCCGGGGGCCCAGACCUGCGCCAGCGGCGCCAUGAGGGCAGUGGCAGCAAUGACGGCGCUGAUGCGGCCACGGCGGCGGCGGCGGCCGCCGCGGCUGAAGCGGAGGCGGCGCUGGCUCGCGAGCGCGAUCGCGCAGCGGCCCUCGAGGCGGCGGCGGAGGGCUACCGCGGCCAGCUGGAGGCCAAGGGUGCAGAGCUUGCCGUGCUGCAGCAGCAGAUGGAGCUGCUGCGCCACCAGCAGGAGCAAGAGCAGCAGGCGGCGGGGCUGCAGCGGCCGGGCAGCGCGCGGCGAGGCGGGGCGCGCAGCGUCACGCCUGUGGGGGUCCCGACAGUCGAGGAAGCGCUGCAGCAGCUGGCGGCGCGCGCCCAGGAAGUCGGCGCGCUGCGCGACGACGCGCGGCGCGCGGGCGAGCGGCACGCCGCCGGGCUGGGGGAGCAGGAGGCGGCGUUCGAGCGGCGGCUGCAGGUGCAGCAGCAGCUGCUGAGUGCUGCGCAGGCGGAGGUGCGCAUCCGCGCCGACGAAGUGGCACAGCUCCGCGCGCAGCUGGACCAGUCCGCCUCGCGCGAGCGGCAGCUGCAGUCCGAACUGCAGUCCGUCGACCACCUGCGCGCGAGCACGGCGGGCCCCGGGUCGCUCGCUCGCAGCCCCGCGCUCUCGCCCCGCGUGGAGCGCCUCGGCCAAACGCUGGCGGCGCCGCUCUUUUCAAACCAGCAGCUGGCCGAAACGCAGCAGCAGCAGCAGCAGCAGCAGCAGCAGCAGCAGCAGCAGCAGCAGGUCGCAGAGCUCAGGCAGGCAGUGUCCGACCGCACCGCCGAGAUCGAGCGCCUGCAGAGCUUCCUGCUGCAGCUGUAUGACACCGCACGCGCCGCGGAGCAGGAGCCCUGCCACAGCAGCUGCGACGCGAGCGGCGACGAGGGCGGCCUGGAGCCCACCACAUCGCAAGCUGCGCUCGCCGCGCAAGGCGCAGCACCGGAGGGCCCCGCGUCGCCCGCCGGCACGGGCGGCAACCUGGCGCUGAGGCUGCAGCAGGGCGUGAGGCGGCUGGUCGCGCGGCUGGGGGAGCAGCAGGCCGAGGUGCGGCGGCUGCGGCGAGAGGCGCGCGACGCGCGCGCGGCGCGGCGGCUCGCCGCGGCGACGGUGGACCGCGCGGCACAAGCGGACGCCGCAGACGCAGAGGCAGCGGCAGCGGCGGCCGGGGCGGCGGCGGCGGCCGCGCUGGCCGAGGCUCAGCAGCGGGUGGGGGCGCUGCAGCAGCGGGUGGCUGAGCUGGAGGCGGCCAACGCGGCCUGCGCCCGCGAGCUCGCCGCCGCGGCCGCGCGGCUGUCGGCGUCGGAGCGGCAGCUGCUGGGGAUGGUUGCGCUGCAGCGCUCGCACGAGGAGCUGCGGGCGCGGCACGCGGAGGCGCUGCAGCGGCUGGCGCGGCUGGAGGCCGAGGCGGCGGAGGCGAGGGACAGCAGCAGCAGGGCCGCUCUUGAACUGGCGGCGGCAGACGAGGUGGAGCGCUUGCGCGACGAGCUUAGGAGCACCCAGGAGCAGCUGCGAGCCGCCGCGAUGGGGUCCAGCGACGCAGAGGCCCGCGCGGCCGCCGCAGAGCGGCGGGCGGCGGACGCGGAGGCGCUCGCGGACAGCGGCAGCAGCGCGGGCUCGAGGGAGGACGCCGAAAAAGCAGAGUUGCGGCAGCGCGUGGCGCGGCUGCAGGCGCAGCUGGCGGAGGCAGACGCGGCGCACAGCAAGCUGCACGCGGCCAACGCGGCGCUACAGGAGCGGCUGUCGGCCCUUCAGGCGUCGCGCGGGGACGAGGAAGCCGGCGUGGCUACGCGGGAGCGCUGCCUGCAGCUGGCCGCCCGGGUGGCCGGCCUCGAGGCGCAGCUGCAGCGCCAGCGUGCGCUCGCGGAGCAGCAGGCGGCGCAGCUCCAGCAGCAGGCCGCGCAGCUGGAGCAGCAGCGGGGCCGGCUGGAGCAGCAGCGCGGGCAGAUCGAGGGUCAGCAGGCGCGGCUGGAGGAGGCGGCACGGCGGGCGCAGCAGGGGCCGCUGACGCGGCAGGGGCCCGGCAGCCGCCAGCUCGGCGGCCGCGCCGCGGCGCUCGAGGCGCAGCUGGCGCAGGCGCAGGAGGCGGCGCGGCGCGCGCAGGAGGAGGCCGCCGCGGACAGGCGGCGACUGCAGGAGGCGCAAGCGGCGGCCGCGGCGGCGGAAGGCCGAGGCGGCGAGCCCGAGGCGCUGCGGCGGGAGCGGGACGCGUUGGCGGCGGAGGCUGAGGAGCGCGCGUCGGAGCUGCAGCAGUGGGUGGUGCACGCGCAGGCCCUGGAGGAGGACCUGGCGCAGCUGCGUUCCGAGGCCGCCUCCGAGGCAGAGCUGCGCGCCGCCGCCGCCGCCUCCGACGCCGCGCGGCGCGACGCCGAGGCGGAGGCGCGGGAGGCGGGCGCGCUGCUGGCGGCGCGCGAGGGGGAGCUGGCGGCAGCGCGGUCGGAGGUGGCGGGGGCGCGGGACACGAUUGCCUACCUGCAGGACGCCAUCGGCUCCAACGCCCAGGACUACCAGGCGCUACUGGCCAGGCACCAGCAGGCAGAGGCCGGCCUUGCCCGCGCGAGGGAGGCGGCCGCGGACAUGCGGGCGCGGCUCGAGGCGGUCACCGGGCCGCAGGGGCCUCAGGCGCGCCUGCGGCAGGCGGAGGGGCAGCUGGCGCAGCUGCAGCGCAAGCUGGAGGCCGCCGACGCCGGCGCCCGCGAGGCGCGGCUGCAGCGCGACGCGGCGGCCGCGGGGCUCGCGGCGAGGGAGGGCGAGGUGAUCAGUCUGGAGGGCCAGCUGGCGGUCGUCGGCGACGAGCUGGCGACCACGCGCGCCGAGCUGCUCGCGCUGCAGCAGCGCACCGCGCCGCGCACGCCGCACCCGAGCUACAGCGGCGGGGGGCUCGGCAGCAGCGGCGGGCAGGCGUGGCAGUGGCAGCAGGGCGAUGCGAUGGGGUGA